CAGGACUCAAGUGCCAAAUGCCAAUCCAAAUCCAAAUCCCCCGAUCCCGAGUCUGAGUCUGAAGUCUGAGCGCCUAUCACACUCACACUUCUGUCAAUGUUACCGUUACUCUUGUUACUUUCUUUUUAACUCUUAAUCUCUCUCUCUCAACACACUUCUUCAUAGCACUUCACAUGCUCCGCCAUCUCCGUUCCCGACGGCGCCCCCGCUACGGCGCACACAUCUGCGCCCUUUUCGCUGCCCUCCUCCUCCUCCUCUCCGUCUCCCUCCUCCACAGUCGCCUCUCCUUCUUCAACUCCCAUCCGCAGCACCCUCAUCCUCUCCCCCACGACUACUCCUCCUUCCCACUUCUCGACGAUCUCGAUUCCGACUCUCUUACCACCUCCAACUCCAAUGACGAUCGCAUUGACGAGCUUGAUGAUGCCGUUUUAGAUACCAAUAACAAUAACGAGGAAUUCCUUGCCGAAGAGGAGGACGAAGACGUCCUUCAGAACCAGAACUCCGCCGUUACCUCCAAUUACUUUUUCGACCCUGUCAAGGGCGUUGUUCGAAGAUCUUUUAACCGGCGUUCCAUUGAAGAUUGGGAAGACUAUGUACCCUUCAGUUUGAAACUUACUUCUGAUUUAGGGUUGGGGAACGAUGAUUCGAGACCCAUUUUUGGGUCCGACGAUAUUUUAGUGGGCGAGAAAUUACGGAAGAAAUUGAGUGAAGUGAAGAAAAUUGAGGAUGCGUUGUUGUUAAAGGGGUCUGUCUUGAGGGAAGGAUGGGGAGAGUGGUUCGACAAGAAGGGUGAUUUCUUAAGGAGGGAUCGGAUGUUCAAGUCAAAUAUUGAGGUUUUAAAUCCCUUGAAUAAUCCGGUUUUGCAAGACCCAGAUGGACCAGGAGUAACCGGAUUGACUAGAGGCGAUAGGAUCUUUCUCAAGGGUCUUUUCAAUGAGUUUAAGAGAACGCCGUUCUUGAUUAAGAAGCCAUUGUCAAUUUCUGAGUCCGAAACUCGUUCACCUGGCAAAAGUGGCACCACUGGAGGUGAGGAAGUGAAGAGGGUGGAUAGGAGGACUUUAGAUAAUGAUUAUAUCAGUACGGUGAGGAGUAAUGAGCAUUUGGAGAGAGUAUAUUACGCAGACGGGAAGAGGUGGGGUUAUUAUCCGGGCUUGGAUGGAAGUCUCUCCUUUGGGAAUUUUAUGGAUGCAUUUUUCAGAAGAGGGAGGUGUAAGAUGAGAGUUUUUAUGGUGUGGAACUCACCAGCAUGGGCGUUUGGUGUUCGGCAGCAGAGGGGUCUCGAGAGCCUUCUAUAUCAUCAUCGAGAUGCAUGCGUGGUGGUAUUCUCUGAAACUAUAGAUCUCAAUUUCUUCAGUGGGUUCGUGAAAGAUGGAUACAGAGUAGCUGUUGUAAUGCCAAAUCUUGACGAGCUGCUGAAAGACACGCCGACGCACAUAUUUGCUUCAGUCUGGCAUGAAUGGAAGAAGACAAAACAUUACCCAACUCAUUACAGUGAACUCAUCAGGCUUGCCUCUCUCUACAAAUAUGGUGGAAUCUAUCUUGAUUCUGAUGUCAUAGUGCUGAAGCCAUUAUCUGAGCUCAAUAAUACUGUUGGAUUUGAGGACGAGCUUGCUGGAGAAACGUUAAAUGGAGCUGUAAUGGCAUUUAGAAAGCACAGUCCUUUUAUAAUGGAGUGCUUGGCGGAGUUUUAUGCAUCAUAUGAUGAUGCUCAGCUGCGGUGGAAUGGAGCUGAUCUUUUAACCAGAGUAGCCAAAAACUUUACAAGUAAUAGAGUUAUUUCUGAAAUGAAGAUCGAGCUCCUGUUGCAACCCCCUUCUGUUUUUAUCCCUAUCGGUCGUAGUAUUAUUUCAAGAUACUUCACUACACCAGGGACAGAGAAGGAAAAGCUUGAACAAGAUGCUUUGUUCAACAAAAUCUUGAAUGAGUCGGUUGGCUUUCAUUUCUGGAACAGCUUAACUUCUGCCAUGAUUCCAGAGUCUGAGAGCCUGGUUUUCAGGCUUCUUAAUCGCUACUGCAUCUAUUGCUCUGAUGCGUUGUAAUAUUCUUGAGUACAGCAGUCAGCAGUCAAUGUCCAGACAGUACAUAGAUUGAAGAGUCUAACCAAAUUUGGAAUCUGUUGGUGAGAAUUGCAAACCUUGGAAAUGAAAGUGUAAUUUCCUGUUGUUUUUGGUGCUGUUCUCGGCCAGCCAGUACAUAGUAUGUCUUACUUGAUAUUUGUGCUAGGUAGCAAUAAUUAUUGGAAUGCGUAAUAGGUUGUUAAUUUCAGAAGAAAACAUCCAUUGUUUA